AUGUCCCCAGAGGCUUUAUUCAUGCCUCGAGUCACAAACUAUGCCAUCCACACCCUACAAGCCCAUACCCACAUCCACAAGUCCAUAUCCACAUCCACAAGUCCAUACCCACAUCCACAAGUCCAUACGCCCACAUCCACAAGCAGUACCCACAUCCACAAGCCCAUACCCACAUCCACAAGUCCAUACGCCCACAUCCACAAGUCCAUACCCACAUCCACAAGCCCAUACCCACAUCCACAAGUCCAUACCCACAUCCACAAGUCCAUACCCACAUCCACAAGUCCAUACCCACAUCCACAAGUCCAUACCCACAUCCACAAGCAGCUACCCACAUCCACAAGUCCAUACCCACAUCCACAAGCCCAUAUCCACAUCCACAAGUCACUACCUCCAACCCGCAGCCCACUAUACCAACUCCUACAAGCAUUAUAG